GAUUAAUCAACAAGUUCACACAUCGCGGUCGCUUGCUCUCUUCUGGAAGAUUUGUUUUGUUUUUUCAUUAAAAAGUUUGUGUAAAUCUAUAAUUUUAUGUGUUUUUUCUAUAAUUAAUAGAAAUUUUAAUAAUUUUAUUGCAAAAUAUUUUAUUUAUUUUUGUGUUUGUAACCAUUUGUGUGAUGAAUUCAAGUGUGCCUAUCGUAUAAAAAGGCAUUAUAUAUUUUUUGUACGUACAAACAACAAUUGCAAUUUCAGAUAUUGAAGGAACUAUGCCCGCAAGAAAACCUCAAUAAUUUAUUUAAAACUAAUAUUAGACUAAGUUAAAGAUUAAAUAGAAAAAAGUCGAAAACAAAAUGGUUCUAGUACUAAACGGAGUUAUACAAGAUGACUGCCCCAUGGAUACGAAUACGCUCUUCCUUCAACAUCCAGUUUAUAGAGAUUAUGCAUCACAGCUUUUGUCGAUACCUACAAAACCAAUCGGUCCUUGUGGUCUUUUGUAUGUUGGGCAAAGAGAAAUGGCUGCGGUGGCACCUCAUGACAAGAAUGUUAACAUAAUUGGAGCUGAUGAUGCAACUACUUGUAUAAUUGUUGUUGUAAGACAUUCCGGAUCGGGUGCAGUUGCUUUGGCACAUUUUGAUGGAACGGGUGUCGAUGAGGCAGUUACUGCAAUGGUAACUCGUGUCCAAGAAUUGGCUUUGGGCUAUCCGGAAGGACGAAUUGAACUUCAAUUAAUUGGAGGAUACAGAGAUCCACAAGGAUAUGGAGAGGAUGUCUUCUUUAGUAUAAUGCAAUCAUUCCACAAACAUCAUCUUGAGAUCGAUCUAACUCAAGCCUGCGUUGGUGAAUUAAACACAAUUCUUCGCGGUGACAUCAAUUUCCCAAUUAUCUAUGGCAUAGGCGUUAAUAUAAAAACCGGUGAAAUCUUCCCAGCUACAUUCCCCGAACGAGGACCAGACCUACAGCUGAGGGAGGCAAGAACAUUCUUGGGAGCUCAAACGGUUUUAGAUAUUUAUGAUUCAUCAAUUGGCAUGUUGCGUAUUGGCCCAUUCAACUAUGACCCGUUGCGUGGUGUCGAUCUAUGGCUAGCGCAAACCGAUGAAUUCCUCUUGCAGCAUUUAUCAUCGAGUCCUGAUGUUGAGCCUGCCCACUUUGCUAUGCAGAUGCGGUCAACGAUUAAAUUCAUUCAAGAGAAUCAAUUUCCCGCCAUCACUGUGUUUCGGGACAAUCGUCCACGCUAUUAUCGGCGCGACGAAACCACUGGCUGCUGGUCCCCUGUUAGAUACUGAAAGAUGACGACGCUUGCGACAAAAAACGAGGCGUCUUUGUGUGACAUCUAUUAAUUAAUUAAAAAAAAAAAAAACAGAAAACUAAAAUAAAAACUAAAGCCAGCGAAAUUGUUGUUUUGCAAA